GUACAGCUGUCAAACGAAACGCGUCGUUUCGGUACUUUGCCUGCUUGCCUUUGUUUGCUGCAUAUCGCUAUAAGUAUUUUGCAUUUAUUCUAUCGUGGCGAUAAAGUGCAGCACAGGUGCGGUUAGUUUUUUUUCCAGAUACUGAUCCCUAACCUGAAAAAGUUGAGCUUUCAAUCCCGUUUUGUUGAGACAUCGAAAGCAGCAGCGCACACAACAAUGGCAACUGUGAUACGGCUCAAGAGACGAGUGGACGAAGAUCCGUUGAAUGCUUUUGUGCUGAACUGUAAAAGGCAGCGCGUCGAGGGUGAGGUGACGGGUGACGAAGACGACAAUGCAAACGAGGCGGCUGCGGCGGGUACUUCGACCAUACUAAAGUUUGCUGGCACAUUUUCUAAGGCUGAAGGUAUCGCUUCGCAUAUACAAAACAUUCACAAAGAUCAAGCGAAGGAUGCGCUGUCGCGGGUGCACCGACCCAACAUAACCUCGCGGAACCGGCUGGCAACGAAACAGAGCGCACAAAACAGCCGAUUCAAAAUAGUCAACUGCACACGCUCGAUCGCAACUGUGGAGAGUAGUGACACGAGUGAUAAUCCGUUCACCACAACGAUCGUAGACGUGGAACGGGAACCCGGGGUAGCCCGGCUGGAGAACGUUACACCGGACAUGCCUGCACUGGCUAGUGUUACGCCGGAUAUUGUAAAUUCCGUGACAAAUGGUGGGGCAUCAAAUCUACAGCAGCAUCAGUCGGAACAGCAGCCAUACUUUUACGAAAAUGGAGUACACUACGUCUACGAUCUGUAUGUAGCGGACGCGAGCCAGAAUGUUACGCACAUUCCCUACUACAUCGACAAUCUGGACGAUCUCAGCGUCAUGGUGUGUGAUGAUCCACUGUACUCAUCCCACCGUGGUCUCGAUUCGGACGAUUCGAGCGAUUCAGAUUCGGACGAUUCUAACGCUGAGGGUAACUGGCGCCACGAUUACCCGGAUGAAGAGGAUCGCCCGGACGGGGAUAGUGUGGACGAGGAGGACAUGUUGCGAGCGGUGGAGGAUCUUGAUUUGGACGGCGAACGAGAACUAUCCUCGGACGAAGAUUAUGUGCGGUACGACAACGGGGAGGAGGACGGGGAGGAUGGGUUCGCUUACAAGCGAAAUGAUGGUGUGCUAUACACGGACGAGGAGGAAGACUCCGACAGUGAUAUGGAGGGCGUUAAUCGGGACGACGUACGGCGCUACGGUACAGCGUACGCCCGCUACAAAGCACGCAUCCUGCGGGAAGAGAAGCGUGGACACGCCGAAAGCAGUAGUUCAAGCUCGGAGGAAAACUUUGAUUUGUAUGAUUGAUUGUUCCAAUUAGCGGUAAAGGUGUGUAAAAACUCAUCGUAAAGGUUAGAAGGAGUAACUCAGGGAUAUAUGUCUAAUAGUUUGUGUAUGCUGUGUGUCGGGGAAGGAGGGAUCAUUCUGUCUAUCAUCUUGCAAGAGCACUCACGUAUUGUUCGAUCGGUCUAGAGUUCAGUUCUCUUAAGCCCCCCAGGGGUGUGUGAGUUUUGAUGCGGGCUUUAUAAAGUGUGUAUGAUCGGUUUAAAAAAAGAUUGAUUCUGCGUUAACUACUUUAACAGAAAUGCGUGAGAAAAGAGAGACCUUUCGGCGGUCUCUCGCAAUAAAUUCUCUUCUUCUCUCAACCAAAGAAGCACGCGCAGCAAAAUCAUCAUGCUUGUAUAACAUACAUACUACUUCUACCCAAACCCCCCCCCACAC